AUGCAAAGCGAUACAUUUACGUUACGUCGGCUUAACAUUGUAUUCAAGAUUUCGACAUGUUCAGGAUAUUUUGUCAUCUCCUUAAUCUAUUCCUGUGUUCGGGCGCAUUUAGCAGGUUUUUCAUCUGUAGGACCAAUUUCACCCUAUAUUGGUUCCAUCCCUGCUCUCGUAAAUGCUAAAACAUAUGAUCAAAUAUUACAAAAAAUCGUGGGUCGCGCUACGAACUAUAGUAAUGGUUUCUUUUGGCCUCCACCUCCAGCACUUGUAGCCGAAGUAUUGGAAAAAGAGAUUUUACAGUCUUCCGGUUUUGAUAGAUUAGGUUUGAGAGGGCUAAAUUUAGAUGGAACGCGUCUUAUGGGAGGCUUAGGACUAAACGGUUUUGGCCUAGGUUUGAAUAGAAUAACAUCUAUAGGUUUUCCUGAAAACCCUUCAAAUUUGGGUUUUAUGGGAGGUAUUCAGGUGAUCCAAAUUCCACUUUCACCUUCUUCAUCUGCACUACAACAAUGUCAUGCACCGUGUUUUGUCUGUUCGUCACAAGCGCAUACAUCAAGUUGCACUGAACUGGUUGGCCAACCGAAGUUCAUGUUUUCUACAGUGCAAACUUCAAUAUCACCUCUAAAUCAGUGCUGUUGCUGUAUUGGAAUGAAUAAAUAG